GGCCUUGCCUGGCACACCGAUGACGUGACUCUUCGCGCCAAGUUCGAGGAGUUCGGCGCCGUCGAGGAGGCCGUCGUUGUCAAGGACCGUGACACUGGAAGGUCGCGCGGAUUCGGAUUCGUUAGGUUCGCUAGCGAGGAGGACGCGGACAAGGCUGUCAAUGACAUGAACGACACUGAGUUCGAUGGACGUAGGAUUCGUGUUGACAAGGCUACCGAUCGCCGUGCUGGCGGAGGUGGCGGUGGUGGCGGUUACGGAGGUGGCGGUGGAGGCUACGGAGGUGGCGGAGGUGGUUACGGAGGUGGCGGAGGUGGCUACGGCGGCCAGCAGGGCGGCGGUGGUAUGUAUUUCCGUCCAUCGUGA